AUGCCUGCAUCUACUUUUACAAUAACUUCCACAAAACCAAUAUCACCUCGACCAACCACUAUAAAGGGAACUACUACUACCACCACCACCACUACUACUACUACUACUAUUACACCUGAUCUCCAUUACAACAGUCUUACACCAACUCCGAGAUCUACACCUUUCACUUUAGAACAAUUUGGGUUUGAAGAAUACGAUGAGAAUGAAAGUAUAGUAUCCGAUCUUGAUUUAUUAUUACUAGAACAACAAGAUUUUAUUCCUACACAGCCACCACAACAUCACCAUCAACCACAUCAACCACAUCAACCACAUUUACAUGUAUCAAAACCUCAUGGUAAUACCAAUACUUGUUCACCACACAAAAUACUAUCGCAAUAUUUUGCUACAGAAUUAUUCUAUGCUAAUAAUUUACUUCAAAUAUCCAAUCAUUUCAUCAAUCGUGAAUUUGAUUCAUUUAGUAAUGAAUUGAUUUUAAAUCCCACCAUUCCAAAAACUAAUCAUCUUGAAUUAAUUAAUCAAUUAACAAUAAUGUAUAAUGAAGCAAUGAAAUUAAUAGAAACCAUUGAACAAUUUAAUAAUGAAUUAGAUGAUAUAACUAUUGUUGUUGAUGGUGGUGGUGGUGGUGGUGGUGGAUAUACAAUUCAUAAUUUACAAAAACUUAAAAUGAGUUAUAAUGAAAAAUUAGAUAUUUAUUUAAAUGUCCCUAUUCAUGAAAUUAUUGAUAAAAUAAUUGAUGGAUUAUAUCAAUAUAAUUUAACUGUGGAAGAUUUAUUACAAAAUGAAAAUGAAAAUGAAAAUGAAAAUGAAAAUGAACAACAAUAUGAAACCUUUAAUAAAGAAAAUAAUAUUCAAAAUAUAGAGGAGCAAAUAAAAUUAUUUGAUAAAAUUAAAAUUUAUCAUGAAAAAAUCUUAUCAAUAUUAAAUUUACAAGAUGAAAAAUUGACAAUUGAAAAAGUUGAAAAAUUUCAUAAUAUAUUACAAUAUGAAAUUAUUGAAAACAAAGAUUGGCAAAUAGUUGUUAAAUUGUGUCCAUUAUAA